CUGGUUGUCUUCUUCAUCGGUGACUGUGACCAAAGAACCGGAGAAAUCGUUUGAGAAAUGUGAAAUUACUUCCAUUUUCUGAAAGAUCCAAGCUUUACUCUGCGACACCCAAUUCGAAGAUUCCCGUUUUUUUCAUUUUCAGGCUUACUGGUUGUGCUUAUGGCUGUGGAAACAUUCAGAGAAAAGGUUACGGUUUUGUGUCACUUGAAUGGUUCGAUUAAGUAUGGUGCUGAUGGAGUAUACUAUGGAGGAUCCGUUCUCAACAAGAUCACAGUUAUGCGAAAGACUGCGUUAAGCACAUUGUUGGAUAGGCUUUAUCAGAUUUUUUGGAUUAGAUAAGCAGAAAUCAGAGUUCAAAAUCUUUGGUAGGUACCCUGUAGUUGUUUCACCGGAUGUGUUUACCUAUGCACAUCUUCCCUUGGUGAAGGACACUAUUUUGGAGACUAUGCUUGAGGUUCCAACCAACCAUCCUUCUAUACAGAUUGUGGAAUUCUAUUUGGAAGCUAAACCAACUUCUGAUGAUGUUAAGGAUCCUGCUCUUUGUUCAUCGCCAUUGGAAUAUCCUGCUAGUUCUUUGAAAAGACAGAGGACACAACAAGAAAUGGCGGAUACAAAUUUAGGCUCAGAUGGCUGCUUGGUUAAAGUUUUCAAUUCUGGUGUUUUAAAACCGUGUCUUCUGCCUAGACUGUGGGUUGAUGAUGAUCAUGACUUGCAUUUAGGAUUGUGUUUUAAGGAUAGAGAUGAGCUGAAGAAGGCAGUGGACUGGUGGUCCAUUAAAAGGCGGCGAAGGUGUAAAGUCAGAGAGACCGAGAAGGACAUGUAUACAUUUGAGUGCGUAAGAUGGAAAUGCAAGUGGUCUUUACAGGCAGCUAGAAUGGAAAAACACGGGCUUGUUAAGAUUACCAGAAAUACUGCCCCACAUACUUGUAGUCCUGAAGCUUUUGAAGAUGAGUUUGUAGAAGAUGAGAUUGAACGUGUGGUAAGGGUACAACCCACGCUCUCAACUGCAGAGUUGAAGAACUGGUGGAAAGAGAAAAAUGGCUAUAAGCUUAGAACCGCAGAGAUGACGACAGCAAGAAAGAAAGCUAUCAAAAGAGUGUUUGGAGAUGAGGAUCAGAGUUUCAGAGCCAUGCCGAAGUUAAUGUCUGUGUUACACUCUUCUAAUGGGCUGUGUGUGGACUGGCAAUAUGAUCGUUUUCCUAACCCUGAAUUUGCAUCUUUCCGUGGCGUGUUUUGGGCGUUUUCACAGUCCAUUAAAGGGUUUCAACAUUGUAGACCUCUGAUCGUAGUGGAUUCGAAAGACUUGAACGGGAAGUAUCCUAUGAAAUUAAUGAUUGCCUCGGGGGUAGAUGCAGCCAACAAUUUCUUUCCUCUUGCAUUUGCGGUUACUAAAGAAUUGUCCAUUGAUAGUUGGCGUUGGUUUCUCACUGGAAUCAGAGAGAAGGUUACACAAAGGAAAGGCCUUUGCCUCAUCUCCAGUCCCCACCCUGACAUACUUGCUGUUAUUAACGAACCCGGGUCUUUGUGGCAAGAACCCUGGGCUUAUCACAGGUUCUGUCUGGAUCAGCUGUGCCAUCAAUUUUAUGACGUUUUUGGAGACAACUACCUGGAGGUUCUUGUGGAGAAGGCUGGAUCCACGAGUCAGAAGGAUGAUUUUGAUUCCUACAUGAAGGACAUGGAAAAGAAGAACCCAGAAGCUCGGAGGUGGUUAGACCAAACCCCUCCACAUCAGUGGGCUCUUGCUCAUGACAGUGGUCUGAGAUACGGAAUCAUGGAGAUAGAUCCGGAAGAUGUGUUUUCAGUUUGUACAGACUUUCUGAAUUAUACAACAGGGGAUGUGAUGCUUCUGUUUGAUGAGUUGAGAUCUUUGUUUGAUAAGUGUCUUAGUUCUAGCUGUUUCUCUCUUAACCGCGGCGAUGUGUACACCAAACCUGUCAUGGACAAGCUUGAAGAGUUCAUGACAGGUUCCGUUAGUUAUGUAAUUGCACCGUUAGAGAGAGAUGCAUUUCAGGUCUCAAAACAUUCAGAAAAGGAGGAAUGGAUUGUUCAGUUGAAUGACUCAACUUGCACAUGCGGGGAGUUCCAAUCGGAAAAGUUCCCAUGUCCGCACGCUCUAGCAGUCUGUGAGAAGCUCAAAAUCAACCCUUUGCAGUAUGUAGACGACUGUUACUCUGUUGAACGAUAUCACAAAACUUACGCUGCUCCAUUUUAUCCUGUUCCGGAAGUUUCAACUUGGCCCGAAGCUUCUGGAGUUCCAACAUUGUUUCCUCCUUGUCCGCCCAACUCAUCAGGUAAGGCCUCACACAUGACUAGUAAAGAAGAAGAGCUGGAAGAUAGAUGCAUUUGAGAGUCAAACCGAUCCCAGCAUUUUGGUGGAUUAGUGAUGAUACGAGUAUCCCAUUAUGUUGCUGCUUUUUUUUUUGUAUAUGAAAAUUAAUCCGGUUUGUUCAUGAGAACUUUUGGUGGAUCCCCUGAACCAAUAUUAAAACCAAGCUAA